AUGAGGGCACUCCUGAAGGAGCAGGUUGACUCCUAUGAUGUGACUGUGGAAGAAGACCUUGGAGAAAUUCAGCUAAUAAAAAUUGAGAAACGAAAAUAUUGGUACCAGGAUGACUGGUACCUUAAGUAUAUCACUGUAAAAACACCAGUGGGUGACUAUUUGGAGUUCCCAUGUUACCGUUGGAUUACAGAUGAAAAAGAGAUUGUCCUUCGAGAUGGAAGAGCAAAACUCCCCCGGGAUGACAAGACCCAGAUUCUCAAGCAGCACAGACGCAAAGAGCUUGAGACCCGUCAAAAAACAUACCGCUGGAAGGAGUGGCAUCCGGGCUUUCCCCUGAGCAUUGAUGCCCAUUCUCACAGUGAUCUGCCUCGUGACAUCCAGUUUGACAACGAGAAAGGAGUUGACUUCGUUCUGAACUACUCUAAAGCGAUGGAGAAUCUUUAUGUCAACCGUUUCAUGCACAUGUUCCAGUCCUCCUGGAGUGAUUUUGCAGAUUUUGAGAGGAUCUUUGUCAGAAUCAGCAACACAAUCUCUGAAUACGUGAUGCAGCACUGGAAGGAAGAUUUUAUGUUUGGCUACCAGUUCCUGAAUGGAUGCAAUCCUGUGCUGAUAAGGAGAUGCACAGAGAUACCCAAGAAGUUGCCCGUGACUAUGGAUAUGGUAGAAUGCAGUCUGGAGAGGAACCUGACCCUGGAGGAGGAAGUGAAGCAAGGAAACAUUUUCAUUGUGGACUAUGAGAUGCUGGACGGUGUGGAUGCCAACAAAACAGACCCGUGCACAAUACAGCACUUGGCUGCACCCAUCUGUCUGCUGUAUAAGAAUCUGGAGAAUAAAAUUGUACCCAUUGCAAUCCAGCUUGGUCAAAAUCCUGGGCCAGACAAUCCCAUAUUCCUUCCUUCAGAUGCCGUGUAUGACUGGCUGCUAGCUAAAAUUUGGGUUCGCUCAUCUGAUUUCCACAUCCACCAGACAGUGACCCAUCUCUUACGGACGCACUUAGUCUCGGAGGUGUUCAGCAUAGCUAUGUUCCGGCAGCUGCCUGCUGUGCAUCCCCUCUUCAAGCUCUUGGUGCCACACAUGCGGUUCACAAUAGCCAUCAAUACCAAAGCCCGAGAACAGCUUAUCUGUGAAUGUGGCCUUUUUGACAAGGCAAAUGCUACAGGCGGAGGAGGACAUGUACAAAUGGUGCAGAAAGCAAUGAAGGAUCUGACUUAUAGCUCCCUCUGCUUCCCUGAGGAGAUCAAAGCUAAAGGGAUGGACAGCAAAGAGGAUAUCCCCUACUACUAUUACCGGGAUGACGGCAUUAAAGUCUGGGAGGCUAUAAAGAGUUUUGCAGAGGAUGUGAUUCACAUCUACUAUGAGAGCGACGAGGUGGUGUGUGAGGAUGUGGAGCUCCAGGCCUUCAUCAAAGACAUUUACGUCUAUGGGAUGAGGGGCACGAAGGCCUCAGGGUUUCCUAAGAUGAUCAGGACACGAGAGAAGCUAGCAGAAUAUCUCACAGUGAUAAUAUUCACCACAUCGGCCCAGCAUGCAGCAGUGAAUUUUGGUCAGUAUGACUGGUGUUCCUGGAUUCCCAAUGCCCCACCAACAAUGCGCCGCCCUCCUCCGACAGAGAAGGGGACAGUCACCAUCGAGCAAAUUGUGGAGAGUCUGCCAGACAGGGGACGUUCUUGUUGGCAUCUUGGAGCUGUCUGGGCCUUGAGCCAAUUCCAGGACAAUGAACUGUUUCUGGGCAUGUACCCAGACGAACACUUCGUGGAGAAGCCGGUGAAAGAGGCUAUGGCAAAAUUCCGCAAGAACCUGGAUGAGAUCGUCAACGCCAUCACCGAGCGCAACAAGAACAAAAAGCUUCCUUACUACUACCUUUCCCCAGAUCGCAUUCCCAACAGUGUUGCUGUUUGAGCAGAUACCCCAGAGAGUUUGGAGGCAUGUAAAGCUAAUGA